AUGUCAGAAGUUUCAGGAAACUUCAAUAAUUUACAAUCAGCUUCUUCAAUGGAGGCCUCACAACUCUCUGGUGAGCUACACAACCUGAAUACUACCUAUCAUCUGGAUGGUAGGAACUAUUUGCAAUGGUCACAAUUGGUGAAGACUUUCUUAAAGGGGCGUGGGAAGAUUAGUCUCUUGACUAGAGAUUCCCCAAAAGAAAAUGACCCAAAGUUUCAGGCUUGGGAUGAAGAAGACUCCAUGAUCAUGUCUUGGUUAUGGAACUCUAUGCAGCCAUCAAUUAGCAAAAACUUCAUGUUCCUUCCAACAGCCCAUGAUAUAUGGGAAUCAGCUCAGAAGACUUACUCAAAGAUGAAAGAUGCAGCAGUACUUUAUGAAAUUAAAACUAAGAUCACCAACACCAAGCAGUGA